AUGGCAUUCAUUCAGAAACUGGCGGAUGCAAUAGAAAAAGAGUAUCCAAAAGAAAGAGCAGACAGCUCGUGGGACAACACGGGAAUACUCCUAGAGUUUGAUAACACAGAGGAAACAGUUCUUCUAUGCAUAGAUCUAACAGAAGAAGUGGUCGAAGAAGCUCUGAGAAAAAACAUAAAAACAGUUCUAGCCUACCAUCCCCCCAUAUUCUCAGCUAUAAAAAGAAUAACACAAAAUAACAAAAUACUGCACAAGUGCAUAAACAACAAGAUAUCGAUAUACUCGCCACACACCGCCUUCGAUGGGGGAAUGAACGGGAUAAAUCACUGGCUAAGCACGCUCAUCCCAGAAGCAGAGCACGCCUCUAGCUCAGGGAUGGUGCAGAUAUACAAGAACAAAAUAGAAAUAAAAAGGAUUCUAGCAGCUCUGGAUGAGCACUUAUCUCUUAAGACGAUAAGAUACUCUCUGGGAACAGGGCACACGCUAGACACAGCUCCAGAUACGCUGGCAAUAGGCGCAGGAGCCAGCAGCAGAGUCAUAAAAAGACUGAUACCAGAUGCAGAAGCGGCAGGCCAAAGCCAAAAUAGCUUGGGAAUUUCAUUGGUCAUCACAGGAGAAGCAUCGCACCACGAUCUUUUGUACUUUAAAAAGUCAGGCGUAUCUGCAAUAGUCCUGGAGCACUCGAGAAGCGAGAGAGGAUUCCUUAAGAAAAUAGAAGAGUACCUGAAAGAGCAGCUGCCCAGUACAGAGAUAGCUAUAUCAGAAGAAGACAGAGACCCCGUCAGAUUCUACCCAGAUGAAUAA